AUGGGUCCCAAGUCGAAGAAGAAGAGCCAGAGCAAGGCAAAGACAAUCGCAUCCAUCAAAGCAAACAUCGCCGGCUCAAACACCUCAUCAGGACAGUCAUCCCCCGCCUCCUCUACCCUUCCUCAACCUCUUCUCUCUUCUUCCCCCUCCCCUUCCUCUGCUCUCUCUAUCCCCUCCUCAACCGUCAAUCACAUCGCCGUCCCCGUCGGCAACAGCAACGGCAACGGCAACAGUAGUAGCAGCAGUGUCACUGCAGACACCAACAACGAGACACACCUGGAGCUGGAGGAAGACGACCUUACUGCUGCUCAGAACCACCUGGAACCACCUGCGCACGUCCACUCUCGCAACCCUCAACGAUCCCCAACCAUGCCCGCCACCGAAGAACAAGAGCACUCCCACGAACACUCGUCUCACAACCACUCCAAUGGUGAUCAUCAUGCCCACGGACCAGGACACGUCCACGCCCCUCAAAGCACAGUCGACAGUCAGAGCAUCAUCCAUACCAUGCCCCACAGCAAAACUCCCUUGAAGGCUUCGUCCCUUGGCCAGAGCUACGGUAGCGGUCUUGGAUCGUCGACCUCUGUCGACACUCACUUCCACCACGGUCCUCACGAUGCCAACUCGCCUCCCCUUCGCGGCUCAACCCCUCCUCCAAUUGCCUGCAAGGGUGUCCUGAUCACCAACGAGUCAACAAAGAACAAGCGCAAGCUGAUCUUUGUCACCGUACUCUGCCUGGCCUUCUUUGCCGUCGAGAUGGUUGGAGGUUACUUUGCGAAGUCACUCGCCCUCAUGAGUGAUGCCUUCCACCUGUUGUCUGACGUGAUCAGCUUCAUGGUCUCGUUGAUUGCUAUCUGGCUCUCAGAGCAGCCUGCCACCAAGCGCCACUCAUUUGGAUACCACCGCGCAGAAGUCCUGGCUGCGCUCAUGUCUGUCUUUAUUAUUUGGAUCCUGACCGCCUUCCUCCUCAUGGAGGCCUACGAGCGUAUCCAGAACCCACAGUCCAUCGACGGCAAGACCAUGUGCAUCGUCGCCAGUAUCGGUGUCCUCAUCAACAUUAUUCUGGCGUUUGCUUUGGGACACGAUCACGGCCAUGACCACGGAGGCCAUGACCACGGCCACUCGCACAACGACGACCACAGCCAUUCUCAUGAUCACAGCAGCGGCUCUUCCCAUGCCCACAACGAGGAUCAUUCCCAUGACCACGAUGGUGGAAAGCAGAAGAAGGAGGUCAACAUCAAUGUCAAGGCUGCGACUCUUCAUGUUAUUGGCGACUUGAUUUCGUCGGUGGGAGUGUUGAUUGCCUCGAUUAUUAUCAUGAUCAAGCCUUCGUGGACUAUUGUUGACCCGAUUUGCACAGUGUUCUUCUCGGCAUUGGUCAUGUUCACUACCUACCGUCUUGUUUGGGACAGUCUUGGCAUUUUGAUGGAGGGCACCCCCACGCACAUUGACCCCGAAGAGAUUGAGGCCAGUCUUCUCAAGAUCUCUGGUGUUACCCUCGUGCACGACUUGCACGUCUGGAACUUGACCGCUGGCAAGGCUUCGAUGGCGGUUCAUUUGCAGUUGGCACCUAUCAGCCCCUUGACCCAUGAGGCCCUAUCGAUGGCGGACUAUGACCGGAUCUUGACGGAGGCACAAAACGUUGUCUGUGGAAAGUUCCAAAUCCAUCAUUCGACCAUCCAGCUCGAGACGGCAUCCAACUCGAGCGAGCACUGUCGACCGGAUAUGUGUUCCAACGAUCCUGUUGAUUUCAGUGGUCGUGGAACUAACCUUGUGUGA